AUGUUGGAGAAGCUGCAUGUUGCUUGGUGUGAAGAAUUGAAGCACAUUAUAACAAAUGAGGCAGAGGAUGAUGAUGAUGUCCAUCUGAACUGCGCCUCCAUCUUCCCAAAACUACAAAGCCUCACUGUUCGGCGUUGCAAUAAAUUGGAAUUUAUAUUUCCAUCCACUCUUUCCAGAGGUCUCCAAAAAUUAAAAUAUAUAGAUAUCUUGAGAGCUCAUAAACUGAAAUAUGUUUUUGGCAAAUACGAUGAAGAAGAGUGUCUAUCAAAUGAGCAUGAAAAUAAUGAGCCUCACAUCCAUCUUCCAGCAUUGGAAUCACUAGAACUCUCAAGAGUACCAAAUAUGAUCAGCAUUGGUAUCAAGAAACAUCAACCAGAGUGCCCAUCUCUACAAAUUGUGGAAGCGCCAAAGGAAAUUAAGAAGCACAUAGAAGAUGUGAGAAGUGAGGGAGCAAAGGAAUCUGAAAUACAAGAGAUUGUUAACAUCGAAAGACCACUACUCACUCCAAGUGUGGGCUUCCAACAUAAACCUAUCACAGUUGUCUCAACUACAUGUAAGCUGACAACUCUUGACGUAAGACACUCCAAUAUAGAAGAGGUUCUUAAUUUGGAAGGAGUGGAAAUUGAAGGUCCAUUCAUGACUUUAAGCAUUGCAACGAUGCGGUUGGAAAAUCUAAGUGAGUUAAGGCAUACAUUCAGGGGUCCCAAGUAUAUUUUGAGCCUCCCCAAUCUUCAAGAACUAAACAUCACAGCAUGUAAAAAGCUAACAGCAAUAUUCUGUGUCUCAGUAGUGAAAAACCUCCCACAAUUAUCCUAUUUGAGUAUAAAAGAAUGUGACGAAUUGGUUGACAUCAUUGGAGAGAGUGAUGGGGAUCAUUUGCAUCAACUUUAUUUCCCAGUGUUAAAGAAAAUUUACAUCAAGUGUUGUGAUAGCUUGAAAUUCCUUUUCUCUAUCUCAACAUGUGGGAUGUUUCCAAAGUUGGAGGCCUUGGAAAUAAAAGAAGCCUCUGAGUUAGAGCAAGUGUUUAUAUACAAACAAGAUGAUAUGCGGAAGAUGGCAAAAACGGAAGAAGUAUUUCCAAAGCUAUCAAGUGUAACACUUGAAAAACUCCCAAGGCUUAUUUCUAUUUGUGAGGGGAUUGAUUUUAAGGAUAUGCGAUAUUGUAGAGUGGAAGAUUGCCCAAAAUAUCAAGAAACUAGUCAAAUCCAAAAAGAGCCUCAAAAUGGGAAUUCAAAAAAUCAAGCAACAACAAGAAGUGUUUUGCCUGAAUUUGCAAAGAGCUCAGAGGAAGCAAUGAAGAGAAGUGUUGAAGAAGUUGGAUCAUCAAUGAUGUCAUCGUUUGAUGUUAUUCAGAUAUCAGAAACAAGGGAAAAAGUUAGAGGAAUGGCCUCAGAGUCAUCAGCGACAACGACUUCAUCAAGUUCAAGUUCAAAGAUUACAGAAGAGACAUUACUCAAAAUUCAAGUCAAGAAUCCUACGCUAGCUUCAGUAAAACAAGCAUCAGGAAAUUUAGCAGCUAAAUCUCAACUGAGAGGGACAUCUUUACAAGAAUUGGAGGAUGAACACCGAACAAGCGAAUCAACUACACAGCUCCAACAAGAGGUUCUUGCACAAACAAAAACCACUAAAGCUUCUCAUAAAACCUAUGUGCCAUUUGAUGAUAACUGGGUUACUUCCUCAAUUGUUUCGCAAGGUGAAGGCUCGCAAUGUAGUCCAUCUACAUUGGUUGCUAGCGUGAAAGAAACACAUGAGCAAGGCUCUCAAGAGGAUGAUGCAACAGAGGAAGCCGCAACAGCAGGUCAAUCAGCUGAUUCAGAUUCAAGGAAGAAAACCCAAGUAUCACCCAUUACUGAACAAAUUACUGAAAGCAUCAAAGAUACCACUCAACAAGGUCUUGAAAAGAAUUAUGUAAAAGAUGAUGCCAUGACCGCAGUUGGAUCGACUAAUUCAGAUUCAAGGAAUCGAUCUACAGGACCAAUUGAUAAUCUCUCUGGAAAAGAUUCUGCACUAACUGUUACAAAAACAGGAGAUCGCACAAGUAUUCAAGAGGAAUCUGAAUCAGAGAAGCCUAUAAAAGCGAUCGCUUCCCGAGUCAUUACUUCUCUUCAUCUCCAAUCAGAAAUUGCUGAUGAUACUGGCACUUCAUCUCAUAAAUUGGGAGUUUGCGAAAUUUUCCAACUUGUGGAGCUAAAAGAUGGUGAAGCGGCUUUACUUGCUCAAGCACUCGAACGAUAUCCUCAACUAUUGCUGCCUCAGGAACAUCGCUCACAACGCAUGAUAGCCUGGUCCUACCGAGUGCUGGUAGAUAUUUUGGUGGUGCUGGCUACCAAGACUCCUUGUAGCAUCACAAGUUCAGAAAAGACAACUUUGGAGGCUAGCUUAUGUGAUGCAACCUUGCUUGGGUUCGACAAAGAGUGGGUUGAUUCGGUUCGGUCUAGAGUUUUUGGUGUUGACAUGUCUGAUGUGUUGGCAGCAGAAGAGGAAAUUAAGGUGAAGGAGGCCGAGCUGGAGACGUGUGACAUUGCCUUGGAACAAGUUCGAAAGCAAAGAGUAGAAGCCAGAGAGCGACUUGCAGUGACACGAAGACAGUUGGAGAUGGCGCAAACUGAGUUUGAAGCAACUGAUUCUCAACUGUCGAGUCUAUUGGAAGGUCGCAAGAAGUUGACUACUGAGAUAACAGAGUUUAGAGAAAUAAUAAGUGCCAAGCAUAGACCCUUUGGCAUUUAA